CAGCCUCAGGUGCUUUCUGAUAAGGCAUCCUACAGCCAGUCUUUCUAUCCCCUCAUGAUCUUUCAGAGUCAACGUCCUUUGUUGUGCGGCCAAGGCCAUCUUAGUCAAUUCAUGACUGAUUGUUGGAUCGAUCCGUGGGAUAUCCCCCCCACUGCGGCAUCAUGCGCGCUCUGUGGCUGGUAUCACGACACGCCACAGCAAUGCCCAGACGGUCUGGCCCAGCUUAUGCCUCUGCGUAUCGACCUUGGCGAGCAAACGACGGAAGCUAUAAGGAGGGGAAAGAUUCGGCUACAGUUGGUUUGUGUAUCCAAGCGGAAUUUUUCCUCAAUUGAACUGGAGAGACACUUUCGUCAGCAACAAUGGUCGGCGUAGAUCUCAAAUCUGCCAAUCCGGACGAGUACCCUGCUCCCAGGGAUGAUGAGUUGCCCCUUGCAGUACAUGUCGACUGGACGAAGGAGGAGGAGGGGAGGGCGAAGCGGAAGCUAGAUUGCAUUAUUAUGCCUCUGCUCACUCUUGGAUUCUUCUGUCUACAGCUCGACAGAGGAAACAUUGCGAACGCUAUCACGGACAACUUCAUGAAAGAUAUCGGCGUCACGCAGAACCAAUUCAAUGUGGGCCAACAAAUGCUCUCCCUGGGCAUCGUGCUUUUCGAAAUCCCAUCCAACAUGAUUCUUUAUCGAGUCGGCCCCGGCAAAUGGCUCACACUUCAGUUGUUCCUCUUCGGCACCGUCAGCACCUUCCAAGCAUUCCAGCGUAGCUAUGGCUCCUUCAUUGCGACUCGGUUCAUCCUUGGAAUGACGGAGUCGGGAUUUAUCCCUGGUGGACUUUGGACGCUCUCGACCUGGUACACCCGAAAGGAGACAGCGAAGCGAAUCAUGAUCUUCUACUUCGGCAACCAGCUCGGCCAAGCGUCAGCGAAGCUCCUUGCAUAUGCCAUCCUUCAUAUGCGAGGCGUUGGUGGACGACCUGGUUGGUUCUGGCUCUUUGUCCUGAUGGGGGGAUUCACGAUCUUCAGUGGAUUUAUUCUUGGAUUCCUCCUCCCUGACUCGUUCAAGAACCCGAGCAGCACUUUUAUCCCUCGCUAUUCCCUGUUCACCAAGAGGGAGCUACAUAUUCUCCGCACUCGUGUUCAACUCGAUGACCCCAUGAAAGGCAAAAAGAAGAAGACCAUCGGACUGAGUGCGUUCAAGAAAGCUUUCACCCACUGGCGGAUGUGGGUUCAUCUGUUCAUUACAUUGUGCAACAACGGCCCUCAGCGUGCCUUUGAUACCUACGCUCCAUCGCUGGUCUCUGGCUUUGGCUUCCCUGCCCUCACGAGUAACGCGAUGGCCUCCGUUGGUCUAUUCGUCCAAGUUCCGGUAUCCUUCGCCUUCAGCUAUAUUUCCGAUCACUUCAAUCGACGAGGAGAAACGGUCAUGCUUGGCUUCGGCUGCCAUCUACUAGGCUACGUCUUCAAUCGUAUCUUCACCGAAUUCAACAACCGCCAGGGGGUCAAAUACUUCGGCGUGGUUUGGACGCAGAUCUUUGGGACAUUCUCUCACCCGCUCAACAUUACCUGGAUGUCUCUCACCUGUACUGAUUCGGAAGAGCGAGCGCUUGCUAUGGCCAUGGUGAUCAUGGGUGCCAAUAUCGCUGGUAUCUACGGCGCGCAGAUCUUCCGUUCCGAGGACAAACCCAAGUACCGCCGAGGCUUCAGCAUCAACAUCGGUGUCCUAUCAGCCGGCUUGACUCUCGCCGCCAUCAGAUACAUUGAUGAUCAUUUCCGUCGUCGUCGGAACACUACUCAGCUGCAGCCUGAACCACUGACGACGGAGGGCGAGUAUGUCGACGAGAAGAAAUCGGUCAGUCCUUCUCCGGGCCAACCGCAAACUGUCUUGCUUGGCAAUGGAAAGACUGCUCUAAGGUAGGUUGCUGCUUGGAUAUCAAGUCGAUAUAUCAAGUUCGCUCGUGCGUACAUGGGACGGAGACAAUAUAGGUACUCUUGGACCAUCAUUGUGGCGAGACACGAACAGAUGGAAACAAUAUGUAUCUCACAAUCUUUUCGAUAGUUCCUCUAUACAACAUUGUUGAGAAACGUCCCGUCUAUGGCCCAUCGGACAAUAAAAGUAGUCAAGCUAAUCAAUUCCUUCCGGGGUGGAAAAGAUCGAUCGUGAAUUUCAGGACCACCCAGCUGCCCUCCGUCUUCGCUAGAGUCACGGAAAUUCCAGUGGCCUUUGUCUAAGUUUUCCUUCUCUUCGACUAGGCCUUCCCCGGAACGAGGUUGAUAACGGGAUUGCUAUUGCGU